GAAUCCCAUUUAAAUGUGCUUGUGCACAAAAUCUAACCGGAGAUUUCUCUUACAAAAUGGAUAUCCACCUAGUUUCCUCGACCGACUCGGCCGAGUUCACCCAUCUGACUCGCACCCUGUCUCAAUCCACAAUCAUCGGACUCGAUGCUGAAUGGAAGCCCGUUCGUUCCCAACGGUCCACUUUCCCCACAGUCACCCUCCUUCAACUCGCUUGUCAACUCGGGGACGACUCGGCCGGAUGGGACGAGUCGGUUGUCUUCUUGCUCGAUCUCGCCUCAAUUCCCCUGCCCUCGAUAUGGGAAUUGAUAAGGGACGUGUUUGUUUCACCAGAUAUAUUGAAAUUAGGUUUUAAGUUCAAGCAAGAUUUGAUUUUUUUGUCUUCCACUUUUUGUGCUCAAGGGUGCAAUCUCGGCUUUGACAAAGUGGAGCCUUAUAUGGACAUCACAAACAUAUACAAGUUUUUGCAAAAUAAAGAAGGGAAUAAGAUAUCAAAGAAUACAAAGAGUUUGUCAGCAAUUUGUGAAGAAAUUUUGGGCCUUUAUCUUUCAAAGGAACUUCAAUGUAGUGAUUGGUCAGAACGUCCUCUUACAGAAGAGCAGAUAAGAUAUGCAGCUACAGAUGCACACUGCUUGCUUGGAUUAUUCAAAAUCUUCCAGGCCAAGGUUAUCAAAAAAGGGCAUUCAUGUAAUAAUGUUGAGGAUCAGCAGCAAUAUGAUAUUAAUUUAGGAUUGAAGGAUAUCCUCGAGAUGCCUGAUUGUGAGAAUAAGCUUGUCGGGACAAAAUUUUGCAAUGCAGCGGAAAUUGUCCUAGCCACUGCUUGUUCUGAAGAAUGUGAAAGAAUAGCCAAGGGAGUGGAGGUCAUCAGAAAAACUAAGCCUAUGGAUGAAUCCCUCUGGAAGAUAGUAAGCAAAUAUGGAGAAAAACUUAUUUUGCGAGAAUCUGAUAGAACUCCUAAAACUUCCAGAAAGAAAGGAAGAAGACGGUCCUCAGUGGCGGUUGUUUGCAAAGAAAGGCAGCUAGAUAAUUAUGGUGAUUGGCAAGACCCCCCACCAUGGGAUAUUUCCUUGGGGGGUGAUGGAAGCCCUAAGUUUUUGUGUGAUGUUAUGGUUGAAGGCUUGGCGAAACAUCUCCGUUGUGUUGGUAUAGACGCUGCAAUAAGGUAUUAAUCUUUUUAUCAAACUUUGUUUGCAUUUAGGGAGCUAAUAGAUCAAGCAUACAAAGAAAAGAGAGUGCUUUUAACACGAGAUGCCAAGCUAUUGAGACACAAGUAUCUGAUAAAAAAUCAAAUAUAUAGAGUGAAUAGUCUUCUUAAAAACGAACAGCUACUUGAGGUAAUUGAGGUUUUCCAAUUGAAAAUUAGUGAGGAUCAAUUGAUGUCAAGGUGCACGAAAUGCAAUGGGAGAUUUAUCCAAAAGCCUCUGACAACAGAAGAGGCCAUUGAAGCUGCGAAGGGUUUCCAAAGAAUUCCGAGCUGCUUGUUUGACAAGAAUUUAGAGUUUUGGCAAUGCAAGGACUGCAACCAACUUUAUUGGGAGGGAACCCAGUACCACAAUGCAAUUCAGAAGUUCAUCGAUGUCUGCAAAUUGAAGGAAUGAUAUGCAACUUGGAAGAACACUAAUGUGAUUUAUAUACAAUCAUGUGUUGUCAACAUCUUCUAUACAAACUUUAAAUGUAUGAUCGAGUUUAAUUCGUUUA